ACAGACCAAUAUACACGUCGCACGUUCGGUCAUAGAGAGCAGUACUCGGCAUAACAACCAGGUCGCCAUAGUCCAAGUAGACUUGGCGAAAGCCUUCGACCGCGUAUCUCAUGACUUCCUUUUCGCCAUUCUUAGACACAUAAACCCGGGAACAACGUUGUUGAAAGGAAUCGAACUAUGCUACCGAAGCUGUGCUACCCGUCUCAUUGUUAAUGGUUCACUCUCGACUCCUAUAAAUUUAGAAUCGUCUGUUAAACAAGGGUGUCCUUUAUCCCCUCUUUUGUUUGCUCUUUACUUGGAACCUCUUUGCUUGAGUGUACUUUCCAACCCUACAGUGGACGGUUAUCAUUUUUAUUCCGCGGAAGUAAAAGUGUUAGCCUACGCUGACGAUAUAGCGUUUUUCUGUGCUGAUAAGAAAAGUGUCGAUAAUGUCUUUACCUUAACCCAGGCAUUUUGUGAAGCAUCGGGAGCGUUGGUAAAUAACUCAAAAUGCGUUGGCUUCUGGUGCGGCCAGUGGGCCACAACACCUUCGAAGUAUGCUGGUAUUUCGUGGAGCUGUGUAGCUCCUCAGUAUUUAGGUGUACCGUUGAACUGCAUUCGAAACAGUGGCCAUUACUGGUCUGAGCGUGCGGCAAAGAUCAAACGUCAAGCCAAUAUAAUGAAAUCAAAUCGGUGGUCAAUCUUUGGACGCGCAAAAGCAUGUAACAUUUUCCUUGUAGCGAAACUCUGGUACGUGCUCCAGGUGAUUUGCUGUGCGAGAGGCCAUAUUAAAAAAUUCCAUAGAGUUUUCGCGACUUUUGUCUGGGAUUCCACUUGGGAACCCAUGCAACGAGACAACCUUUUUCGCUCCAUUGAUACAGGGGGUCUUGGGCUGAUUCACCUAUUUUUAAAACAGGUGGUUGUUCGUUUUAUGUUCUUCCGAACUGUAUCCCAUCAUUUCCUGCGCACUUACGUGCAGGCAGAACUUUCAGAAGCUUUACCAUACUUGGUAGUCUCAUCUGUGCCUGUAGGUACAUUGCGUCCUUUCGGUUUCCUUGGAGAGGUAGUUAGCGCGAUUGAAUUUUUGAAAACCCGGUUUUCUCUGGAGUAUUUAUUUAAAGUUCCCCGAAAAACAAUUUAUGCUGAUCUGAUAGAUGUUGUUUUUCCUGUAACAUUGUAUCGAAGCGUAUUUGGUAACGUUUUGGAACAAGAUGUUUUUAAACGUGUGAAGAAAAUGCGAGUGUCACCUUCUGCGAAAACCUUUUUUUUUAAACUUCACACUUCCACGCUACCUGUUAAGCCUUGGCUUCAAGAAAAAGGCAUUUUCGUUCCGUGGUCAGUGAACUGCCGCCUUUGUAACCAACCGGAAACUAUAGAACAUUGUUUUAUUUUCUGCACUGAUGCUUACCUCUUCUGGGAUGUGUUACAAAGAACUGUGAAAAAAGAUUUAAAUAUAAGUGCCUACACAAUCCGUUUUCUACCUUUAAACCCGAAUGACAGCUUCCCUUAUGAUCUGUUUACACUGAUGGGUUUGCAUAGUCUCUGGAAAACGAGAAUGAUUGACAGAAAUGCUGAUGCUCCCCGGACAACAAAGUCGAAUUUUAUAGAAACUGUAUCACAUGUACGAAAUGUAUUUGACCAUCUCGGUGAACGCCCAGACUGGUAUGCUCUCUUAAAUCGAUGCAUUAAUCUUCCGGAUUUUUAGACGUAUUAUUCAAUACAGAAUACUUUGUUGAGUUGUGAAACCGCACUCGAACCUAUGAGGAAAACUAAACCCCCACGAUGGUGUGACUUUAGAUGAACGAAAUGUAUGUCGACGCCUGUACAUGACACCUAACGCCAACCUUUGUGUACCGUGAU